AUGUCUCACAGACCAUUGAUUACCAGCUGUGCAUAUCAGAUGGAUGGAAGACGAAAUUUGACUCCGAUGCGCAAUAAUCACCCUAAGCUUCACAAAUUGAGGAAAUGCACCUCUUUGGAAUGGGUAUACAACGACCAGGAAGAAUCUGAUGAUGUCAAUGAUGGCCGAUUGGUAAUUAGAGUGGGGGAGGAUGUUGCAAUCUUUCCAUCAGAUGAACAUGCAGUUCCCAUGCAAGAUGAGAGUCUUCCAACGAUGUCAUAUUGGUAUGGCAAAGUGGUUCAGAUCUACCUGAAGAGUGGUCGUCAAAUACAGUCUUGUCGCAUGCAUAGUGAUCAUGUUUCAGUUAUCGAUAUGCAUUGUGUGGAAGCCCAUGCGACCAUCUUGUCCUAUAAUGAAGGAGAUAUUGAGCAACCACAGAUACCAUCGAAGACACUGUAUAAUCGGUGGACGAUUCACAUAAAUUUCUCAAAGACCAGAAAUAUUGUUUACAUAGACGGAGUGAACAUCACAGAUGAAGAACUCUCAGUUAUCCACGAAGUGCGGAUGCGAUCAAUGCGAACCUGCAUUCUCCUCGCCAAUGACCCUGCAGUGAUUUUGCAGGAAGUGUAA